CAAAUGCCAUUUUAAAAGGGACAUCUACGAUCCAUUGUUUCUUCCAUUUUCUCCACUUGUCAAAGUUCACUCAUUACCUCAAUCUUGUUACCCGUUGACUUUUAAGGUCUAGCAGGAAGAAGACGAUGGAAGCGAAGCUAGAGGUGGCUGCGAGAGAAGUGAUCAAACCUGCUUCACCAUCACCUCGUGAUCGCCUUCAACUCUCUAUCCUCGAUCUCUAUUGUCCCGCAAUCUACGUGUCGACGAUCUUCUUCUACGAUCUCGAUAACAUGUCCCCGGAAAUUUUGUCGGAAAAUCUGAAAAGCUCUCUGUCCGAGACUUUGUCACGCUUCUAUCCACUGGCUGGACGAAUAGAAGGCGUUUCCAUCAGCUGUAACGAUGAAGGAGCCGUGUACACCGAGGCUCGCACCAAUCUCCUUUUACCUGAUUUCCUGAGAAACCUCAACACUGACUGCCUGUCGGGAUUCCUCCCGACAAUAGCCGCUGGAGAUUCUCCAGCGGCUUGGCCCUUGUUGAGUGUCAAGGUCACUUUCUUCGGGUCGGGAUCUGGGGUGGCGGUUUCUGUCUCUGUCUCUCACAAAAUCUGUGAUGCAGCCUCAUUGGUGACCUUUGUUAAAGACUGGGCUACCACUACGGCCAAAGGGAAGUCAAACAGUACUAUUGAGUUCGCUGAAACGACUAUUUAUCCUCCUCCUCCUCCUUCCCAUAUGUAUUUAGAGUUCCCAUCAACGGAUUCCGAUUCUAACAUCGCAAAUAAAUGUGUAAUCAAAAGAUUCGUCUUCGAACCCUCUAAGAUAGCUGAGCUCAGGCACAAGGCCGCUAGCGAAAGCGUUUCUGUACCUACACGUGUUGAAGCUAUCAUGUCACUUAUUUGGAGAUGUGCCAGAAAAUCCUCACGCUUUAACUUGGUAAUUCCAAGGCAAACAGUGAUGUGGCAGGCCAUGGACUUGCGGCUUAGGAUUCCAUCUAAUGUUUUGCCACAAGACGUGAUUGGCAACCUACAAUCAGGAUUCUCUCUCAAGAAAGACGCGGAGAGCGAGUUUGAGAUCCCCGAAAUCGUGGCGGCAUUCAGGAAGACCAAAGAAGGAGUCAACGAGAUGAUCAAAGAGAGUGUCCAAAGCAAUACAACUGGUCAGAGUUUGUUGAGUUUGAUGGCGGAAACAGUGUCAGAGUCAGCGGACAUAGACAGAUACAUAAUGUCUAGCUGGUGCAGAAAGCCAUUCUACGAGGUUGACUUCGGAUCUGGUAGUCCGGUCUGGGUGGGAUACGCGUCACAUACCAAUUACGACAACAUGGUGUGGGUCAUGUUGAUUGAUUCAAAAGAAGGUGAUGGUGUAGAAGCAUGGAUAAGCUUACCUGAGGAAGACAUGUCUGUGUUUGUCGAUGACCAAGAGUUGCUUGCUUAUGCUGUCCUAAAUCCCCCGGUCUUGACCUAAACAAGACUACUACCAGUCGCACCUCAAUAUACAAUCCAAGAUUGCUCUAUGCUGGAUUUACUAAAUUCUUGGCUUUUGCGUUUCGUUGUGAUCUGAAUAAAGUGAACAGUCAUUUCAAAUUU